AUGGUUGAUUUUGCUAAAUCCAUCUUUGGAUUUGGCCAUUCACACAAGAGAGACACUACCUCGUCGUCUCCGGCACCAGCACCACCAACACCCCAGCCGAGCUCCUCUUCCAACACAAACCAAUCUAUUCACCAGCAACAGUACCCGCACCAAGAAGAAUACAUCGACCACCCUAUGCAAGCGAAUAACAGCCAGUACCAGCACCAGUUUCUUCAGCACCACGAUCAGCACCAGCUAUAUAAUCAUCCUCAAGAAUACGACGAUGCCUCGGGCAAUAAAUAUUUGCCAAAGGGGUUGGGCAAUGUGACGCCUGCUAGAGCUGUAUCGAAUAACUCGUCGGUUUAUGGCACAACAACAACCACGAAUGCUAGUGAAAAUCCCAAGGCUUAUUUGAACCAGACAUUUAUGACAAAUGAGUUUCAUCCUCCAAACAGCCAAGGUCAAGGUCAAGGUCAAAGUCAGGGUCAAGGGCAACUCGCAAGUCAGAACCAAAACCAAAAUCAAUUUGAAGCUUCUCAGGCAAAUGCAGGAGCAACAGGUGAUGCUAUGGAAGGAUACCCUCAACAAGACCCAAUGAUUAUAACAACAGAUGAAACUGGCCAGAAUCUAAACCCCGGGGCCAUCAAUUCGCAACCAAAAGGUAAAUUGAAAGUCACCAUAAUCGAAGCAGAUAAUAUACAAGCAAGUCAACCCUAUGCUGUUUGCACGUUUGAAAGUUCGGAAUUUGUUACAAAUGGACCCGAUUCAUUUGGCAAGUCACCAAUGGACCCGAACACGGCCAAGACCAAUCCUAACAAUCCUACCAAUGUCAAUACCAAUUCUACCAAUGCCAAUGUUAAUGCCAAUGUCAACAGCAACGCCAAUGCCAACACAAACACCAGCAACACCAGCAACACCAGCACCAAUGCCAAUGCUAAUGCUAGCACAAACACUGGCCCCACCACUAAUCCCAAUUUGGCACCUGGACCUAAAAAUCAUUACAAUGCCAAUCAUGGACCACGUGCUUUACCCAUGAAAAACCGCCCUUCCUUAUAUCAGCGGCAAUUAUCGACUCCGCAAUUGCAAUUAUCAAGUGAAUCAUCCCACCCAAUCUGGAACCACGAGGCAACUUUUGAUGUGGUGGGCUCAAAGUCGGAAUUGGACAUUUCAGUUUACGAUGCAGCACGAGACGAUGCAUUUCUCGGUCACGUUCGGAUCUUCCCAUCUACAGUAACAAAUAAAAAAAGCGCCGCUGAAUGGUUGAAAUUAAGUUCAAGAAUCGUGGGCGAAAGAACCCCUACUGGUUCAAUCAGAAUCAAAUGGGAAUAUUCAUUAUCCGACACGAAAAAGGCAUAUGGACCUGACGAUUUCGAAUUUCUUAGACUCUUGGGUAAAGGAACAUUUGGACAAGUUUUCCAAGUCAAGAAAAAGGACACGUCGAGAAUAUACGCCAUGAAGAUCUUGUCCAAGAAAGUCAUUGUUAAAAAGAAGGAAAUUGCCCACACUAUAGGAGAACGAAACAUCUUGGUCCGUACCUCGGCUGCAGCAUCUCCUUUCAUUGUUGGGUUGAAAUUCUCAUUCCAAACUCCAACCGAUUUGUUUCUUGUGACAGACUACAUGUCUGGAGGAGAGUUGUUUUGGCACUUGCAAAAAGAUGGAAGAUUUUCCGAAGACCGGGCCAAGUUCUACAUCGCCGAGUUGAUAUUAGCAUUGGAGCAUUUGCAUGAUAACGACAUUGUUUAUCGAGAUUUGAAGCCAGAGAAUAUCUUGUUGGAUGCCAACGGCCACAUUGCCUUGUGCGAUUUUGGAUUAUCGAAAGCAAAUUUGAACAAUGACGGCACAACCAACACCUUUUGCGGCACCACCGAGUAUCUUGCCCCCGAAAUCUUGCUCGACGAGUCUGGGUACACCAAGAUGGUUGACUUUUGGUCGCUUGGAGUGUUGAUCUUUGAAAUGUGUUGCGGGUGGUCGCCAUUUUACGCCGACAACACUCAGCAAAUGUACAAAAAUAUUGCAUUUGGCAAAGUUCGUUUCCCCAAGGAGAUUCUCAGCUCCGAAGGAAGGUCUUUUGUCAAGGGACUUUUAAAUAGAAAUCCAAGACACAGGCUUGGAGCGACAAAUGAUGCGCGAGAAUUGAAAGCUCAUCCAUUCUUUGCCGAUAUCGACUGGAACUUGUUGAAAGCCAAGAGUUUGCCACCGCCAUUCAAACCGCACAUCACCUCAGAAACAGACACUUCCAACUUUGACCCGGAAUUCACAUCUGAAUCUACAUCGGCGUUGAAAAAGCAAAUGGAAAUGGCGUCGACGCCCUUGUCUCCGGGCAUCCAAGCCAACUUCAAAGGGUUCACCUAUGUCGACGACUCGGCCAUGGACGACCAUUUCGGCAGAUCUUAUAGAAUGAACACCUUCAAAAACCCCGGGUCUUUUAUUCCGGGCGACCCAAACUUGCCCCCAGCGGAAGAUGCAGUUGACGAUGAUCAAAUAGAUGAAGAGGAUGAAGAAAUGAUUCUGGACGAAGACCAACAAAUGGAUUACGAAUUCGUCAAUGGUAGAUUUGAUUUAUAG